AAAACGCGUUCGUGAACAAGAAGUAGCCGGUUGUGGCUACACUCUCUCGGCGUGUAAGGUUUUUGUCGGUAUGAUAAACAAGUGAUACACCCUGUUAGAGUUCUUAAUAACAAAGAUGGCUGCAUCAAUAUAUGCAACCCCACCACCCGAUUUGAGUAGCGAGGACACAGCACUUAGUGAUGCAUCAAAUUCAUCACAUUUGAGUAAUACAAGUUCCCACCAUAGCAGUUCAAAACACUCGACAUCGCGUGAAGGAACAUCGUCGAAUGGUGGCGAACGCAGAGCAUCAUCAGGUGGCGGUGGCGGAAGAGAAACAACAGAAAGAAUAGGAUUAGGAGGAAAUAACAGUAGUAGUAGUAAAAAACAUCAUCACCAUAAGAGAAGUAUUGCUGACGUUUUAAUGGGUCAUAAUCAAGCAUUAAUGGCACAAGCACUCACAUCAUCUAGUUCAGCAUUAUUGGAUGCCCUACAAUUUGAUCAGUCAAAGAAGAGACGAAAACAAACGACACCCAUACGAUUGGCGGCGUUAAAUUUGAGUGCCAAAAUUGGAGAAGGUGGUGACCAGAAUAUGGAUAAUGCAAAUGAAGACUAUGAAGAUAAAUUGACGAAAAUAUUUCUUCCCAAACUCGUUGGUCAAUUGAAUCCAUUCGAGUUGUUACAAAGAAACAUAUCACCACUGGAGAAUUUCCAGGAAAAUACAAGCAAACCUAAAAGUCCCGAAAGGGAAGAGAAAAAUCAGCUUCAACAACAGCAAGAAUCAGACGCAAUGGCAAAUUAUUCUCAGAUAUUCUGCAAGGAAUGUGGUGAGAAUUUCGACUCGGACUUGAGGCUAAGGUUUCAUAUUAUGCAAGAACAUGCCCCCGGUAGCCAACAACAAUAUGAUGGCAGGAGGAAUUUGUCUGAUGAACAGCAAACCAUUGACAUGCUUUCAUCAGUGAAAGUGAAACUUGAAAGAAAUGAUGAAGAUGAAAUGACAUCGCCCAUGCAAGACAGUCGGGCUUCACAAAAACCCGAACAAUGGAUGUCAUCAAUGCCUGCUUUGGGAUUUCCAUUUCCUCCAGAGGCAGCAGCAGCUGCUGCUUUCUCCAGUGGAUACCUGUCACAGCUUCCACUUUUAGGAGUUCCCUCAGGUUUUCCAUCUGUGGAUGGCUUGACCCGCCCUCCAUUGAGAAUAUUUAAUCCCGAGGCUUAUUGUGAUCUUUGCAAUAAGGAAUUUUGCAAUAAGUACUUCCUCAAGACACACAAAGCCAACAAACAUGGAAUUUACGAUCCCACAUGCACUUCCACAGAUUCGGGAAUGACAAAUGCCCCUUCCAUGGGAGCCAUGAGUCAAGUUUUUCACCUUCAGUUGCAACAACAACAGCAAAUGGAACAAGCAGCACAGUUUCAAGCUGCCCAACAGCAACAACAACAACAACAGCAGCAACAGCAACAACAGCAACAGAUACAACAACAACAGCAACAACUACAACCACAGCAAAUAGCUCCACCAGCUCCCAUGAUCCCAUGCGAUGUUUGCUCGAAGAAAUUCACCAAUAUUUUCGCCAUGAAACGGCAUCGUACCAAAACUCAUGAAGUUCCACCACCCACUUCCAUAAAUCCACCAAACAUCACCACCACCACAACCAUCUCUACUGCCAGUUCAAGUCCCCAAGAAAUGAAAUACGAUACCGAAACAGUAACUACCCCAUCACAGGGGAAUUCCAUCAAUGACAAGGAUAACAUCCUCCCAGAGAACAAGGACACUUCAGCGUCCGCCUCGUUAUCGGGUAAUCUCCAUUUGCCAGAGGGCUUUAGAGAAGAUUUUCAAGUUGAACAAGAAGAUGUAUCCUUCACCCCACAGCCACGUAAGCUGUCACCCUCAUCACAGCAACAAGCCCGAGAAUCAAAUUUCUCCUUCGACAAGCUCAAGCGAUUAGGUGUAUUAAAUCCAGAGGCAUUUUGCGAUCUAUGUUGCAAGGAGUAUUGCAAUAAAUAUUUCCUUAGGACACACAAAUGGAAGCGACACGGAAUCUUUGUGCCACCAGAUGAUGCCAAAGAUGAUAUCAAAAUGCAGUGGCCAUUCUUUGCCAUGCAAACAACUCCUCUCAAUCUGAUGAUGGCCAAUGAGAAACUCAUGGAACAAAAGAUUCGUUCGUCCAUGGAAGGUAUGGAAAAGGACUCGGCCAAACGGUUGAAGUUCGAUAUGGAUAAUAAAACAUUGAAUGGUCAAGUUGAGAAAGAUAAUGGCCUCUCGCCACCUGGUGAGUCAUCAACCGACCAAAUGACACCACAACAACAAAGUGACUCUGAAGCUGUAGGUCUGAAUCUGCAAAAGCUCCAGUCGAUGAUUAUGCAACUGAACGAUCUCAAUUGCAAACGUCCAGUUCCUUGUAAUUUCUGUGGAAAGGAAAUGGAAAACCAGUACGUUUUGCAUGCCCACAUAGCCACAGAACACUCCAUGAUGGACAACAACAAUGGAAGCAAUCCUCCACCUUUCAUGGGAAUUAAGCUUUCUCCCGCUUCAUCUCCAUCGGCUAUGCAGGGAAUGUCACCUAGUGAAGUUUGCAAGCAGUGUGAUAGGGAAUUCUCCAAUCUUUUUGAAUUAAAACAACAUAUCGCUGAGGCUCAUCCUUUGUCCGGCAGUCUUAGCAACAAUAGCCCACUACGGGAUGGCUUUGUCACUCCUGAGCGACCGAUUAAUGCCAGCUCUAGUGGCCCAACAACACCUGGGAUCGCUGCUGGCCAAAUCGAUCGAACUCGUGCUCCAUACACUAUCACACCAACCAGCAGCUAUUGUGAGAUCUGCAAUAAGGAACUUUGCAACAAAUAUUUCAUGAAGACACACAUGCAACGCAUGCAUGGCAUUGAAAUUGAAAAUGGCGCCCAAAUCGGAGGAGUUGUCUGCAACAUUUGCAACAAAGAACUUUGCAGCAAGUACUUUCUGCGAGUUCACAAACACAACACGCACGGCAUUGUCGAUGAAGGCUCUCCUCUGCCUCAAUCUCGGCAGAGCAAUGGCAUAGAGAUGCCACAAGAUAACCCCGAUAUGGUCAACAGUUCCUUCCCCGGUGACUCUAAAGCAGCUGAUUUAGCAGGAGUCGAUUUCAACACCAGAUACUUUACCCACUAUACUGAAGUGUGUCCGCUUUGUAGUCGGCGAUUCCGUAGUGCAAAAUGGCUACGAGCUCAUUUGAUGAGCGAUCAUGGCCCAUCUGGAGUGGAUAAGCUUCGUGAAAUGGAAUUACAGCUUGGAGCUGCUUUUAGUAAACCAACGAGUCCAACUUUGAAAAUUCCAAAUGGAAACAGCAUGCCUCAGCAAAACCCCCUUAACAAUAUCAAUUCGAAUCUCUUGGUGAAGAAUCCUUUCCCAGGGAUCUUCGGUGCAGAAAAUCCACUUCAGUCACCGCGAUUCAAAGAAUAUCAGUGUUCACUUUGCUCAUUCUCCACACCGUAUUAUGCGUUCCUAUUCAUCCACGAGCGAUCACAUUCAAUUCUAAGUGGAACACCAUCGGCUCCAUCUGUGCCAGCCACAUCGCCACCAGAUGCUCCCAUCAAAUCUGAAACAGCGGUCUCAAUAGCCAAAGAGAUUACCAAUACUGCUGAUGUUGCUGGAAAUAACCAGACAACAAAUUCAACUACAAAAACUGCUGUGUCCUCGUCAUCUUCGUCAUCCUCUUCAACGUCUUCGGGGGGAACUCCGACAACAACACCAGCCUCAACACCGGUACCGCAAACACCACAAGAAACUGCCAAACGAGAUACACCAUCAGCGGUGCCGACACCAAUAGUGUCGUGUCCAAAAACGAAUCUAGCAACUUCUGUGCCCGCAACAUCAUCUCCAUUAGCAACAUCAACAAUUACAACAACAUCAACAUCAUCAUUUUCAUCAUUUAACUUCGAUGUCAAUGUUUUGCAAGAAGUCGCAAAUAAGUCUAACCGACCGGUAGCUUAUGCAGUUCCUCAGGAUCAAAACGGAACCUUUGUUGCUAGCAACGAAUUGAUGCAGUCUUUUUAUGUUCAUGAGAACCCAACAUUAGAGGGUAAUAACGAUGGAUCAUCGAAUAACAACAGGUUUGUCCCAGCUCUUAUAUAUUUACCAGUUAGGGAACGUAUUUCAGGUCCAAUUACUGUGUCAUUUACUUUGACACCAGCAUAAAUUUCUUAAUUUUUUCUAUAAUUUUUUUAAUUUGUAGAAAUAUGUCAUAAACAAAUGUUGCCAGAUGGGUUUUUUUUAUUCUUUUUUAACAAAUCUUCUUAAAAUUCAAAUAAAUAAA